CAUUCAUGUACCAGUAUUAGCAAAGAGUGAAGGACUGCUUUAGAAAUGGAAACAUUUUCUGAUAUACUUCUGAUAUACUUCUUCAUUUUUGGGUCCAUCUCAGGUUUCACUGAAGGAGAAGGUGUGUUGCCUGAUGGUCCUCUGAAUGCAGCUGUAGGAGAAACUGUGAUGUUCACUACAACACUGACUCCAACAGAGAAACCGUUUAAAUCUGUGAACUGGGCUUUUAAUUUCUCUAAGCUUAUAAUAGUCGUAAUUAACUCAGAAGAAACUAUUGGACCUGAGUAUGAAGGCAGGAUCACCUUCUUCCCAUCUAAUGCGUCUUUGGAGCUCAGGAGUCUCACUCUGGAUGACACUGGACCUUACAGUGUUAACAUUGUACAAGAUGGAAUACUCCCAAGUGGCCGAACCACUCUGGUGAUAUACGAGAAAGUCUCCAGUGUGUUGGUAACUUCCAGCAGCACAGACUUGGUUGAGUUCAGUGGUUCUGUCUCUCUGUCCUGCUCUGCCUCUGGAUCCUCUCUCUCUUUCCUCUGGUUGAACGGCAGCUCUGAGGUUACAGCAAGUGACAGAGUUCAGCUCACUGAUGGAGGCUCCAGUCUGACUAUAAUCAAUGUGACCCGCUUUGACCAGGGACCAUUCAGGUGUAGUGUGUCCAACCCUGUCAGUACUGGUACCAGUGAUCCAGUAAACCUCUCCAUCAGCUAUGGCCCCGAAAAUAUCAAUUUGAUCUUAUCUCCACCACAAGGAUACUUUGCUGUGGGGUCAGACAUCAGCCUCACCUGCUCAGUUGGAUCCAGACCUCCUGCCCAGUUUAACUGGUUUCUGAAUGGAGAUCAGCUGCUUGAUACUGGAUCAGAGCUCAGACUGAUGAAUGUUCAGAUGAGUCACAGUGGAAACUACAGCUGUCAGGCCUUUAACAGCAAAACUCUGAGAUCUCAAACAUCUCAGCCUUCAACCAUCACUGUACUGGAAAAAAUAUCAGGUCCUUCAAUUUUGCUUAACUCUUCAACAAACCUGCCAGCUGAGGGAACCUCUGUCAGCUUAACCUGUGAAGCUUCUGGCUCAGUCUUUACCAGAAACUGGAUGAAGGAUGGCUCCAAACUGACCCUGACUGACAACAUGACCCUUUCUGACAAUAACAGAGUGUUGACCUUUAACACUGUGAAGAGGAAAGAUGAAGGAGAAUAUUUUUGUAAUAUCAGCAACCCUGUCAGCAGUGAUGGAGCUAAAUAUGUGCUGAUUUUUAACUACCAAUCAUCAGAAUGUGCUGCAGGUUGUAUCGCUGGAAUUGUAAUCGCAUGUUUUUCCAUCAUUGCUGUUGCUUGUGGUGUAGGAUACUACUUUUAUAGAAGAAGAACCAACAAAAAUCCACAGACACAUAUUACAGGAGAACAUGUGUAUGAGAACAGUUCCCCAUAUGACAAGAAAAUCUGAAUACUUUGAUUACAUUUCCAUGUUAAGAUGAAACAUUUGUGAAGUCUCUAUCUGCUCCAGGAAGACAAAAGUUAUUGUUUUUGUUAGUUUGUUGGUUAUAAUAUUUUGGGGGGGUCAUUAUGAAAAUAUUUAA